AUGCCAACGGCUUACUCGCGGUUUUCAUUUUUCAACGCGUUCGACACCACAAUGGACAGCCAGGAGGACACAGAACCUGAUGACCAUUUCACUAAAAUCAAAAUUGAAGGAAGUAUCCAGAACAAAGUCAAUUUGGAUAACAUAUCCUUUGAGCAAGUGGGAAGCUGUAGCUAUCCAGAAGUGGUCCAAGAUGUCCAUUCCAUCUUGUUCAGGAAAGUGCUGGAAGAAGUUGAUCAUCAGCCCCCAUCAUCUUCAGAAGGAGAGAAGAACCUCAUUUUGCUGAAGACAGUGCAUUUGAAAAUAGAGGAAGAUGAUAUCCAGGGGUCUUGUUUAACUGAUCACCCAGGGGAACUGCACACUAUGUUGCCAAGAGAGGCAGGCUUCAUCCAGUCAUUGGAGAGAAUGCCGGAGAGCAUAGACAUUCAGGAAAACCCAAGGAAAAUCUUGGCAAUAAGUUUGCCGGAAGGUAUUUAUGCAAUCCAUGAGAUGGAAGUGAUCAGUGGUCCAAAAGAAACACCAUCAUUUCAUGAGGACAGAUGGUCAAUUGAGAAGGAUCCAGAUAUUCCUGGGAUUCAGGUUAAUAGAGAAAAAGAUGCAGCUGGAGAUGAAGACAAGGACCGGCAGCUUCUUGUAGCUGAAGAGGGAAGAAUUAGCCCUCUGCCUGACUCUGAAGCAGCAGAUAUUCCAAACGGAGGAAAUAAAGCCACGCUGUUGCACAAUUCUGAAAAUAAAAACCAAAGCAAGGACAGUGUAUUCCAACCUUCUGUUGCAAUAAGCUCUGACGUUACUUCAGAAACCCAGGAGAGCAUAGUCCAACAAGGGAAAGGAGCCAUUCAGCAACACUGCAGUCUGUGUCUGUUCACCACAUUCAGCAUGUCUGGCCUUAACCGCCAUAUGAAGAAACAUUCCCAUGAAAAGCCACAUCAGUGCCACAUCUGUCUUAAAGCUUUCCGUACACUUUCUCUGUUGCGCAACCACGUGAACACCCAUACAGGGACCAAGCCACACAAGUGUAAUGAAUGUGACAUGGCCUUUGUGACAGUUGGGGAACUUUCCCGGCACAAGCGAUAUAAACAUACCCUGGAGAAGCCCUUUAAAUGCUCCAUCUGUAACUACUGUAGUGUGGAGGCCAGCAAAUUGAAGCGCCACAUUCGCUCACAUACAGGAGAGCGCCCUUACAGUUGUACGCUAUGCACCUACGCUAGUAGGGACACUUACAAAUUGAAAAGACAUAUGGUAACUCACUCAGGUGAAAAACCCUUUGAGUGUGUGAUUUGUAAAGCCAGGUUCACACAGGCUGGAACUUUGAAGUUCCAUGUUUUGCACAAACAUGGGAAAAAUGUACCAAAAUACCAGUGUCCACACUGUGCCACUUCGGUUGCCCGGAAAGGCGAUUUAAGUAUCCACCUGCGAAACCUGCAUUCUUACAUUGAGGUACCGGUCAAGUGCAAUUACUGUGAAAGUGCCUUCCACGAGCGCUACGCUCUGCAGCAACACAAGAAGAUACAUAGAAAUGAAAAGAAAUUUAAGUGUGAUCAGUGCAGCUAUGCGUGCAAGCAGGAACGCCACAUGAUUAUGCACAAGCGGACACAUACUGGCGAGAAGCCCUUUGUUUGCCUCUCUUGUGACAAGAGCUUCCGGCAGAAACAGCUCUUAACCAUGCACUUCAAGAAAUACCACGACUCCAACUUUGAGCCAAAGGUCUAUGCGUGUCCCAAGUGUGGCAAGGGCUAUUCACGUUGGAAUAACAUGCACAAGCAUGCCGAAAAGUGUGGAGAGGCGAGAGCUGUUCAGAGCUCUCCAUCCUGCAAAGCAAGCAAGAGGAAGAAAAGAGAAAAGAGAAGUCAUCUCGGGGCCAAACAAGAAGGCAUUACAGAGACAGAGGCUGUUUGUGUGAGCACUCCAUUCUGCACCUCGUACAGUGUUUCUAUCGGAGCAUGGGAGGAGAAAGAAAGUGCUCUGGAUGACAAUAAAGCGGGAAUUACUUGUGAGAUGAUCUUCAAUUUGAUGGACAAGUAG